CAAGUUUGUCGUUGUCGCGAUGAGAUUCGACUCCAACCCACAUCUCCCAAACAAGGGAUUACUGCGUUGCCAUGGUCUCAGGUGUUGAAGCAGUCGGGCUUGCUCUCGCUCUUCUCCCGCUCGUUGUGAACCAGCUCGACAACUACGCCCACGGCAUCGAACAGAUCAAGAGGCUGAGUCGCUACCAGCGCACACUGGAGGACUUUGCGCUGCAGCUGGGCACUCAACAUAGGAUCUUCCAGAAUAGUCUCCAACAUGUCCUCGAUGAAGUGGUCGACGACGACAACCAGUUGCGCGAUCUAAUUAGCGACCCGGAUGGGGACGGCUGGAAGGAGCCUUUGCUGGAGAAAAGUCUCAUGGCUAAGCUGGGCCGCGAUCAUGCCUACUUCUUUGCUAAUGUCGUAAGCCUGCAUGAUAUGCUCAGACGUAUGGCAGUAAAACUGGAUGUUGAUGUUACCAGGGGACCGCAGAAUACGCCUCCUUCAAAGAUGCAAAUUGUCCUCUUCCUGAAGGUCCUUUCAAAGGCCACGUAUGAGGACAUGCUGCAGAGAAUUAGGAACCUCAAUGACGUUCUCAGAACAUUGUUAGACCAGUCUGCACAGCUGGAGGCGAGUCGGCAGAAGCGCAGUCCGUGGCGACGACUGCUCCCUCAAUUUCAAGAAGCACGAAAGAACGCAGAGGGUCUAUUCAGAGCCAUUGUCGGCAGUUCCAACUGGAGCUGUCGGUGCCAGAGCUCCCACAGCGCCCAUCUGCAGCUCCAAUCCAACCCCUUCGCCGAGACCCCGAAAGUGGGCAAGACAGCAACCUACCGGAUAACCUUUUCCAAUUCAGACAACGGUACAAAGAAUUCGUGGACAUGUAGGGAGGUCGAAUUUGAGCCGUACACCUUUGAUCAACCUUUGGCACCAGUCACCAACCAUGCCCUACCUACAUCCAGGUCAAACCAACAGAAGCCGCAAAAGCCUAAGGUUCGCUUCGAGGCAGUCGAAGUGGAUUUUUAUGAGUCAAAGGAGAAGUUUUGCAAUGUUCCUCCCAUCGCAGACUUCUGUACUGUACUGUGUCGCGGUGGGGCGCACACAGAACCGCCGACACAGGCCGUGGGCUUCAUUGCCGAUCAAGUGAGCUCGAAUGUUCGGUACAAUAUGUACUUCAUCAAAUGCUACCCAGAGCCCAUCCAGCUUCAGUCACUGCAGCAAACAUUGCCAAACAGUAGUAGACGCCAUCGGCUGUAUAUCGCCGCCGGUCUUGCGUGCGGAGUGCUCCAAUAUCACGGCAACUGGUUGAAGAAAUACUGGGACAGUUCUGACAUUCAAUUACCUGCAGAUGAUGAUGACGAUGCAACUGAUGACGUUUUACCAAGCGAUCUCUACCUUCCCUGGUCACUAAACCUCCAACAUUCCUCAUCAGCACCCACGGAUAUCAUUUAUACGCAACAAUCCCCACUCGUCCGCAAUCAAGUCCUCUUCCCACUCGGCAUAGCUCUGACCGAACUCUCCCUGGGAAAAUCUAUCACCUCUCUCCGACGACCGCAGGAUGAGCAAGGAAACGAAGACUCAACCCGGUUCAUCACGGCAUUUCGCGUCCUCAACAGAGUGCAGCAGGAAAGUGGCUCAAACUAUAGAGACGCCGUACAUAACUGUCUUUGCUGGUUGGACGUAGAUUCGCCUUGCUUGGAGGAUGAGAAGUUCCAGGGUCGUGUGUUUAAUGCUGUCGUUGCUCCGUUACUCAGGGACUUGGCGCACUUUGAGGGAAUAUUGAGGAUCGGCUCUUCCCCUACAGUUAUUGACCAGGCUAUAGAUGUGGGAACACGGUUGGGGCGGAUCCGUGAUACUGAGCAGUAUCGGAUCAGUGGCUUGUAUAUCUAG